AUGAUCACCAGUGACCUGCUCCGAAAUGUAGGCGUUCGACACAUCUGGAUCUUCAGCAGUUUCGUGACAGCCAUGCAUCUUGCGGAAGUGUUGCUGUUAUGUGCAUGUUGCACGGUUUUGUUAGCGAAGUCAAGUCGCCCGAACAUUAUUUUCAUCCUCGCUGACGAUUACGGAUUCCAUGAUAUCGGGUAUCACAAGUCGGAGAUAAAAACACCAAAUCUUGACAAGUUAGCAGCAGCUGGGGUGAAGCUGGAAAACUACUAUGUCCAGCCUAUCUGCACCCCGACACGGUCCCAGUUCAUGUCAGGGAGGUACCAGAUUCACACAGGUUUACAACACGGCAUCAUCUGGGGUUCUCAGCCCAAUGGCCUCCCUCUGGAUAGUCCCACAGUAGCCGACAAGAUCAAACAGGCCGGCUACUCCACCCAUGCUGUCGGCAAAUGGCAUCUGGGUUUCUACAAGGAUGCCUACCUGCCUACCAAUCGGGGAUUUGAUUCAUACUAUGGCUAUCUGACAGGCAGCGAGGACUACUUCACACACAAACUUUGCGACAACCACUUUUCCAGAUACCUGUUUUGUGGCCUUGACUUACGUAACAAUACAAACCCAGUUUUCAAUGAGACUGGCCACUAUUCAACGUCUCUGUUUACGGAGAGGGCCAUCAGUGUGAUCAAGGAUCAUAUUGAGUCUAAACCAUUUUUCCUGUACCUCGCCUAUCAGUCUACGCACUCACCUCUGCAGGUCCCAGGGAAAUAUUUGAAUCCGUACAGCCACAUCAAGGACUUGAACAGGCGCAGUUUUGCCGGGAUGACUGCAUGUAUGGACGAGGGGAUCGGAAACAUCACUGCAGCUCUCAAUGCUACUGGCCAGCUUGAGAAUACUCUCAUUGUCUUCUCCACAGACAAUGGUGGUCAGAUCCACGCAGGGGGAAACAACUGGCCACUGAGGGGGUGGAAGGCGUCGUUAUGGGAAGGGGGAUUCCAUGGUGUGGGCUUUGUGUAUGGUGAUAUGCUGAAGAACAAAGGAACUGUCAAUAAUCAACUGAUCCAUGUCUCUGAUUGGUUCCCAACAUUGGUGGGUGUGGCUGGCGGGAACACCAAUGGAACAAAGCCUCUGGAUGGUUUUGACCAAUGGAAGACCAUCAGUGAAGGUGGAGCCAGUCCGAGGAAGGAGCUCCUACACAACAUUGACAUUUUGACACAUCCCAAGGGAGCUAAGCUUUUUAACAACACCUUCGACACACGGAUCAGAGCAGCUAUACGACUUGGAGACUGGAAGCUCAUCACAGGAGAUCCCGGAAACGGCAGCUGGAUUCCGCCGCCACAUCUCAGUAAGGAGACGGUUAUGGACAAGGAUGAUAAGGCGAAGAAUCUUUGGCUGUUUGACAUCGCAAAGGACCCAAAUGAACACAAUGACUUGUCAGCAUCACAACCAGGCAUUGUUAAGAAGCUUCUGGACCGACUAGAGUACUACCAGAAAACAGCAAUACCCCGCAGGUACCCUGAUCCUGACCCCAAGUGUGACCCCAAACUACAUGGAGGGGUGUGGGGGCCGUGGGAGUAAACAUAACUUACUCUACAGUAGAGUAGGUGGUUUAGGUUGUCUCUGAUUUGGGUUAACAUCCCGGAAUAAACUAUAAUUGAUUAACUGACAAGACAACCCUAAUUAACGCUUGGGUCAUUUUUUGUUGAUCACUCAAUCGUUUGGAAUGUAGCUUUGGUCAUUUUUCGUUGAUCACUCAAUCCUUUGGAAUGUAGCUUGGGUCAUUUUUCGUUAAUCACUCAAUCUUUUGGAAUGUAGCUUGGGUCAGCUUUCGCUUGUAGGUCAGUCCUUUAGAA